CUCCAAAUUCUCUCCCUACGUACAAUCAGCCACGAUAUACGCACGGUAACACAUACAUUGCCUUGAGACUCUUGCUACCAUAACAUACAAUCCUUUUUUUUCCGAAGACACGAUGGCUGAACAAAGAGCUGCUCCUCUCCGCCUGGGCACCGUCGCCCCCAACUUCCAGGCCGACACCACCAAGGGUCCCAUCGACCUGCACGAGUACAUUGGUGACAACUGGGUCGUCUUCUUCUCCCACCCGGAGGACUACACUCCCGUGUGCACGACCGAGCUCGGCGAGAUGGCCCGCCUCGAGCCCGAGUUCAACAAGCGCGGCGUCAAGCUGCUGGGCCUGAGCGCCAACACCGUCGACAGCCACGAGGGCUGGGCCAGCGACAUCAAGGAGAUCAGCGGCAACACCCUCAACUUCCCCAUUGUGGCUGACAAGGGAAGGAAGGUCGCCUACCUCUAUGACAUGCUCGACUACCAGGAUACCACCAACGUCGACGAGAAGGGCAUCGCCUUCACUAUUCGCUCCGUCUUCGUCAUCGACCCUAAGAAGACCAUCCGCACCAUCCUGUCCUACCCUGCCUCCACCGGCCGCAACUCGGCUGAAAUCCUGCGCAUCGUCGACUCUCUGCAGACCGGCGACAAGAACAAGAUCACCACCCCCGUCAACUGGGUUCCCGGUGACGAUGUCAUCGUCCACCCGUCCGUCAAGAACGAGCAGGCCAAGGAGCUGUUCCCUGACUUCCGCAUCGUCAAGCCUUACCUGCGUUUCACCCCGCUGCCUAAGGAGAAGGCUACUGCUGGCAAAUAGAUGACGGGCGCUGCGGUAAAAGACAAGAUGUGGAGAUGAGGGUUCUCUUGAAAAAGUCAUAAAAUUAAUCGAAUAAAAUAAAAUAAAAAUCAAAAGGG